CCGUUUCUAAAAUAUCUUCCCAUCCUUUCCAUACUCCAAUUCUCUUAAUAUCUCCUCUUUGUUGUUCAUCAUUUUGAUGGCAGCUUAUAGUGCUGUAAUUUCUCUUCUUCAAACUCUUGAGCAAAGAAAUACAAAACUCAUUAUUCAAAAUCAAACUGCUAAAGCACUUGAAUCUAUUCAUGCUACUGCUCAAUAUUUUCAUGAUGUUCUUGAAGAGGCUAGCUAUAACAGAAGGCCAACUUUUGACCCUGAAAAGACCAAAUCAUUGGAGGAAGUAAUAAGAGUUGCUGCUACUGAUGCAGAGGAUGUUGUUGAGCUGAAGUUUGGUCAGUUCAUCAAAGUCUCCAGGUGGACAUUUGGAAUGUUACCGCAUUGGGAUUUGCUACCCCUUGUUGAAAAAAUGGACACAACAAAGAAACAAGUGAUGGAGAUUCUUGAAGUAUCCGGGGAUUUGGGGAUUGACACUUCUUUUACAAGUUAUGCAUUGGUGUCCGAUCAGUUGGGAGACGAUGUCGUGCACGGACUUGACGAUGACUUGGAGAUCAUAGUUAAUAGAUUGACAGGACCAUCGACGGAUUUAGAUAUUGUUACAAUAACAGGCAUGGGUGGCAUUGGCAAAACAACACUCGCUAAAAAAGCUUAUGAUCAUUUCCCAAUCAGGUAUCGUUUUGACAUUCUUGCUUGGGUUACAGUAUCUCAAGAAUUUCGAGGUAGAAAUGUGUACUUGCAAGCUUUACAUUGCAUUUCAAAGCAAAAAGAUAGUGUAAACGAAAAAGAUUAUGAUAAGAUGGAUGAGAGUGAGUUAGCUGACUUGUUGCAAAAGAACCUUAAGCGUCGAAGAUAUCUUGUUGUUGUUGAUGAUAUUUGGAGGACAGAUGUUUGGGAUCGUAUAAGAAGAAUAUUUCCUAGUGACAACAACGGGAGUCGAAUCUUAUUGACUACUAGAGAAACUGAGGUAGCGAUGUAUGCAAGUACUAGUAGCCCUCAUGAGAUGAACCUUUUGACUUUAGAAAACAGUUGGAAGUUACUUUCUCAUAAGGUGUUUGGACCAAAACAUGAUCAUCCUCCUGAAUUGGAAGAUACUGGAAAGGAAAUAGUCAAGAAAUGCCAAGGUCUACCCUUAACAAUUUCAGUGAUUGCGGGACAUCUUUGUAAAAUGUCCAGGACACUAGAAGGUUGGAAGGAUGUUGCCCGAACAUUAAGCGAAGUCAUUGCUACUCAUUCAGAUAAAUGCUUAGAAGUGGUCGGUUUAAGUUAUCACCACUUGCCUAAUUGCCUCAAACCUUGUUUUCUUUCUAUGGCUGGUUUUCUGGAGGAUUUUCAGAUUGACACUCGUAGAUUGAUCCAAUUAUGGAUCGCAGAAGGUUUCAUAAAGUCUUCCGAAGGUGGUAAAAGUUUGGAGGAAGUGGCAGCCGAUUAUUUGGAGGACCUUAUUAGCAGGAACUUGAUACAGGCUAGAAAAAGGAGAUUCAAUGGUGAGAUAAAAACAUGUGGAAUACAUGAUCUACUGCGUGAGUUUUGUUUGAUAGAAGCUGAAAUGACAAAGCAUAUGCAUGUUGAAAGAACUUACCCAACUCUUCAAACACAAAAGCAUAAUGUUCGUCGCUUCAGUUUUCAAGCCUUAUCUUAUUCAGUUGAUGAUUGCUGUAAGCUAUUACCACCUGUUACCAAAUCUAUCUACUUAUUUUCUCUUUUGAAUCUACCUUAUAGACCCCGUAUUAAGCUUGAGAUAUUGCCCAUCUAUCGUCGUAAUCCUGUAAUACAUGAUUUUUUCUCUCGUUUCAACCUUCUCAGGGUAUUGGCUAUACUCAAUACAAAUGUAAUGUUCAGAUCAUUUCCACUUGUGAUUACAAAGUUGUUUCACUUGAGAUACCUCCAAAUUCAAUUUGAUGGAGAUAUUCCUAAAUCGAUCUCAGAACUUCAGAAGUUGCAAUUUCUAAUUUGUAGUGGUUAUCCUGAGAAUGUAACUUUACCUGAGAAGAUAUGGAUGAUGAAGAACUUCAAGUGUAUAAGCCUGGCUAGGAGAGCCACUUAUUUACCGAGUCCUAGAAGAGAAAGUAUUCUAAAUAAGCAUCUCGUGACAUGGAUGCCAAAUCUUGAGGGAUUUUUCGGUCUUUCCUACGCCAGUUGUACAAAUGAAGUGUUUUCUGGCAUUCCCAAUCUUAAGAGAUUGAUCAUUCGUGUACCUUUUAGCCUAGGAAACCGAAUUCCCUAUCGGCCCAUGGAUAUGUCUAGCUUGGGGAAGCUCGAAGCAUUCAAGUUUUACGGGCUACAUUCUUUGGAAAACCCCAUCAAGAGUUUUGUUUUUCCAACAUCACUUAGGAGAUUGUCUUUAACUUGGCUUAAAAAUUUUAUUUGGGAAGACAUAUCAUCAACUGUUAUCAUGUUGCCACAUCUUGAAGAGCUCAAACUUAAACGUUGUCGAGCCUGGUAUGGUGAAUGGAGAUUCAGCGAUAAAGACAAAUUCAGAAGCUUGAAGUUGCUGUUACUGAGAAGCGUAAAUCUUAGACAUUUGGAAGCUAGCAGUGAUAACUUCCCAAAUCUAAAACAUCUUGUCCUGAAGGAAUGCAACAUACUGGAAGAAAUUCCGAUUGAUUUUGGGGAAAUUUGUACUUUGGAAUCAAUUGAGUUACACGAUUGCAGCGCUACUGCUGAGGAUUCUGCAAGAGAGAUUGAACAAGAACAAGAGGACAUGGGUAAUAGUUCCCUUAAGGUCUACAUCCAUCAGAGGCGGAACCAGCCUAGUCAUAGGGGGUUAGUCCGAACCCCUUCGAUGGAAAAUUAUACUAUUAAUACAUGAUUAAAAUGAUUUUUUAUGUAUAUAUUGUAGAUGUUGAAGCCCCUUUGGUGAGUUUUUCUUCAGAUUUUGAACGCCUCAGCAUAAAUCCUGUAUCGGCCUCUGAUAUCCAUGAUAGUCGCAGGAAUUGAAGCUUAUUUUGAGGGACCAUCUAAUGCUACCGUAGAAAUGCAUAUAUUUUGAAAAGAUGCUUGGUGAAUGGAUUAUGAUGAUAUAUUAAGGAUAUACAAGCUUCAAAUCAAGUGGAAACAACUCAAGAAGGCUCGGAAUGCUCAACAAAAGCACAAGACGCAAGUUGGACCCCUGAAAAGUAUUGGGCGAGUGUAGACUGUACAGGUGGCCAAUGGAGAAGUUCAAAAUACCACUGGAUUCAGAAGAGGCCCAAGUGUUUGGAAAUAUGGCGCGUGUAGCUUAAUUUGGAGUUUAAGGAGGCCUCGCGAUGCGUUGAAAUCGCAAAUAGCUACUGGAAUUUGACAGAUUUUUUGACAAUUGUGAAUUUGCAUGUCUCUGCGUCGCGCCGAUGCCCAAGAUCGGGAUAAUUUUGCCCAGCUGAAGUAAAAUAGCGUGGAAACCCAAUUCAAGUCGGUUUAUGACUUGUAUACUAUAAGUAUAAGGUCCCAAACUCCGUUUUAAUCAUCUUGGGAACUCUUGGAAACCCUAGAUCAACUUGGAACAUCAUUGGAGGAUACCACAACUUCUUUUUAGGUUU